AUGAACACACUGUUAUUCGCUUGCUCACUCCCGGUGGCGUUAGCGGCUUUGGUUUUGUUUUUUCACAACAGACAUCGAAAACGUCAGAAAAUCGUAAAAGCGACGACUUAUCGACCGCCGCCACAAUCUGAUCCGUAUGCGAUGACGACAAUGCCCUCUUUCCACCACCAAUCCGCCACUCAUCUAUCAAUUCAUCAAUUGUCCUCGGAAGAAAAAGCGCCUCCAAUGGACCCGCAAAACGCGAACAUUGAUCGACUCGCUCCAAACGACCGCCGCUUGGCGCCGGUUCAAUUACCCGUCAUCUGCUCAGCUCCACCACCGUAUGAAGCUGUUGUUUGC